AUGGUCACAAAGCUGGAGUUGGAUAAAGCAGUAACUUUACACAAAGACGCAAAUAACGCCGGGUUGAGAUCUCUUCCAUAUGAUAAACACCUCAGAUCACAGGCAGAGCAAGACUAUGAAGAACGAAAAACUCACCUGAGGGAAGAUUUGAUAGGUCUCUACAGAGAAGAGUACCAUACCCUACCACUGUCACCUUUAUUGGAGGAAAAUGACACGCCUCUCCUUGAGUUCUACGUCAUACCAGACAUAGAGUCAGUGGAAAUUCAGAGGGCGCGUGGAGGUGGCAAAGAAGCUAGAUCAAAGGUUACGUCAUUGCAUGAUGUUUUCUACAAGGAAAAAGAACCAUGUCGUAAAAUUUACCUUACUGCGGAUGCUGGGUUUGGGAAAACAGCAUUAAGUAAACGGCUCGUUUUAACGUGGUGUCAAGCAAAAAACUGUAUCCCAAACGAAGAUAAACAUUUUAAGAAGAAAGACAUAAGUACAAUGUCGAAUUUUGACUUUGUGUUUUUGUUGUCUUUACGUGAUUGUUCCGAAGAAUGGGACAUUGAUGAGAUGAUCAAAAAACAAAUAAUUAAUGAUCUAGCACACACUAUUUCAACUAGAGAUUUUGAAAACAUUCUUUCUAAAGAAAGAUGCCUGAUAAUAUUGGAUGGAUUGGACGAAUUCACACACGCAAAAAGAGACAUUCCACACAGGAAAGCUAGGAGGACAUGUACAAUCCUCACAACAACUAGACCGUGGAAAUUGGGCGUUAGUAAGAUACGUUUAAGUGAAAUAGAACGAAAGUUAGAACUUGUCGGACUUAGUAAAACGUCUGCUAGAAGAUUAAAAAGGAGUGUGAUCUCACUACUGUGGGGUGAAACUGACAUAAAAAAACACAUUCAAGAGUUUGAUCGCGCUGUCGGUGAAAGAGGUAUUUCGGAUUUGGAAACUAGUCCGCUCUUAUUGGUGUAUCUUUUGUGUUUAUGGUGUGAUGAAACAGAUCUAGGAAUAUCUAGAACUGAGUUAUAUUGUCAAAUAGCUAAUCUUCUUCUGAAACGAACGUUUGAAAAAUAUCCCGACAUGAAACAGUCAUGCGAACAACCCAAGAGUGAUAUCCCACAAUGUAUCAGUAGAAAUGAACAUUGUAGGAAACACUACAAUCUUCUAAAUGCUUUAGGAAGAUUAGCAUUUGAAACAUUAUUCGAUGAAACGAAGGAUCAAAAUCUUGUAUUUGACAUGGCAGUGGCAGAAAAAUGUCUGAAUGAUAAAGAUUUGCUUCAGUUAAGUCGCCAUUCAGGGAUAAUUACACAUGAAAAAGACCAAACGAAAAUAAAUAAGCAAAUGCAAAAAACAUCAUUUUCACACGCAACAGUGCAAGAAUUUUUUGCAGCAUUAUAUAUCAGUGUUAGCUGGGAUCAAGAAGAAGUACGAACUAAAGUUCUGUCGUUCUGUCAUUGUGUUGCGCGAAUUCUAGCUAUGUCGAAAGUGUUCGUUUUCAUCAGCGGAAUAAACGCAACAGUAUUUUCCUCAUUGUCGAAGGAUUUAAUGAAAGUCAUUAGCGAGGAUAAGAUAACGAGAGAAUACAGAUCCACGACUGAUGAGCGCUGUAAACCUCUGAAAGACAUACAAGACAUGUACAUUUCUUGUAUGAAAGAAAACACGAGCGAUAAGGAACUCAAACUUUUCUGUCAAGAUUUUUUCUUUAGUGAAGAUUGUAGAGAGGCAAAAUACUUUUCAUAUUUAGCACGGCUUGCGGUAGAAAAUAGAAACAACAUGGCGUCAAUAAAUAUCGACACAGAAGACAGUGGUCGUAGUUUACGUGAAAUUAUUGAUUGUUGUGAAUUGCACGAACUGUUCCAGAUCAAUAAAAUAUUCUGCUACAGUGAAGAAGAAAGCGCACAGCUUCGUGUACUGUUGGACAAGUCGCCGAAAUGUGUCACUGUUAGAUCGUCUAGUCUACGUGGUUCUUGGAGCCGUGAAAUGUUGGAAACAUUACAGAAUAAUUCUCUGUUACAAGCAAUUUAUAUCGAAGCUUUCAAGAUGAGCCACGAUGUACUGAAUGACUUUCUGAAUUAUAUUAUAAACAGAAAAACAAUGACGGAGAUUAGAUUGUUGGGCUUAUACUGUACCGAGCACAUGUGGCGUUCGUGUACUUUCAGUUUAGAUUUUAGUCAGCAUUCAGAUCUAAGGAAGUUAGAAUUGGAAGAGAUACCUGAAGUGUCACAACUGAAAGUUAAUAGUCAAGUGAAACACGUGAGAUUGGAGGAUAUCAAUCUAGGUGAAAUGUCGCUGCCUCCUGAAAUGACGAAUAUUGAAAGUGUUUAUUUGUGGGAUGUAAACAUGUCUGCUUCAACAUUGCGUGAUCUCGUUAAGGUAGUGGAGAAACUUUCACACAAAUUCAAACUAACAAUAUGGAAGUGUAAGAUAGAACCGGAAAUAGAGUUUGAACACGUUAAACAAUAUAUACACUCAUCUCAGAAUUUCCGAGUUACGAAGGAUGAUUGGCUGGGGUUUGAGUUUGAAACAAAAGUUGAAUGUUCUUCUACAUGGAGUGAUACACAAAACGAACUAGUACCCAUGGAGGAGGAUCCCGUUUGUGCUUUGCAUGACUAUUCUGAAGAAACCAGCGCGGGGGCCAUCUGUUCUAAUCAAACAGCUAGUUUGAUCCCUGAGGAAAUUUUGCGGAUGGACCAGAAUUCAAUUGAACUAUACAAGCGAGCUUUGAGUGAUGGCAAAGAAGCUGUUCGCAGCAUCCGUAUAAUGGUUGUGGGACACACUGAUGUUGGUAAAACAACUCUAACAAAACGUUUGUUCUAUGAGAAUGUAGAUAUAAACCAGAGAGAGAGCACAAACGGAAUAGACGUAUAUGUGAGAAAAUGCAUUGUUUCACUGGAUACUGGUCAUUGGACUAUAAUUGGCAAAGAUCAGAAAAUGAAAACCAUGUAUCAACGUUUGAUGAAGUUGUUGCAAAAACCAACGUCUAACGACAUAAUAUCUGGAAAGAAAGAUAAUGUUAUAGCAACAGGCACUGGAGAGGGGAAAGAUAAUAGAUUUAUAGAACAAGAAGACAUGAGUGAAGACGACAGUUCAAUGAGUGAAGACGACAAUUCAAUGAGUGAUCGACAUGAUGAUGAAGGAGAAGUUUCUGAAGAAGACCCUGAACCAAUUGCUACAAACGAACAUUCUUCUCGAAAGGAUGUGUCAUCUGUUAAGGAUGCUGAAGGAGAGGUUUAUGAAGAAGUCUCUGAACAAAUUGCUACAGAAGAACAUCCUUCUCGAAAGGAAGAGUAUAUACGCAAACAUUUAAAAGAAUUAAUAGAAAAAAUUCAGGAACAUUCGGCAGAUGAUAAAGAUACAAGAACAGCAGAAGUUUCGUUAUGGGACUUUGCAGGGCAGUCUGAGUUCUAUGCAACACAUCAGGUUUUCUUAUCCAAGAACGCCGUGUACUUACUAGUCACUGACAUAUCCAAGGACACGGAGGAUUUUGUUCUAGAUGAUAAUUGUUUCAUUGACAGCAAAGGUGCUAAACGUAAAGUAUCAGAGUUUGUUCACUUUUGGUUGAAUUCCAUACACGAGUUUUGCAGUUCGACAGAAUACGAAGGUCCACCAGUUAUACUUGUAGGCACUCAUGCAGACAAAUUAAAGCAGGAAACAAAGGAUGCUGCUGUAAUAGACAAUUUCUUCUACACGAUAAGGAGAUCUCUUAAGGACAAAGCUACAUACUGUCAUCUCAUUGGCGACGAUUUUGCCGUGGAUAACUCAAUAAAUGAUGAUAAACAAAUUGAACUGCUUAGACAAAAGAUUGUGAACACAGCUAAAAGUCUACCAUACUGGGAAAAACUGAUACCUGCGAAAUGGAUAACGCUAGAAAACAUCAUUGUCAAUUUAAAAGAUGAGGGUUUGAAGGUUCUCUACAAAGACAGGCUUUAUGAUCUGAACAGGACAUUGCCUGUUCCCAUAGAAACAGAAGAUGGGGUAGAAUUGUUUUUAAAGUUCCAUCAUGAAUCUGGAAAUAUCCUGUACUACAGGGACGAGAACCUAAUUAACAGUAUUGUCAUUGACCCUCAGUGGUUGAUAGAUGCCUUUAAAAGCCUCAUUACCAGCAAAAUGUUCUGUGCCAGAAAGAAAGGAAAAAUAUUCAAUGAAUGGACUAAGUUUUAUGAGUCAGCUAUUUUGACACCGGAACUUGUUGAAGAGGAUGCCAGGGGUAUUGGAUUAUCUGUAGAAGCUGAGAUAAGGGGUGUUAGGAGGAGGGUUAGAAGUGGCAGAGGAAUGGAUGUCCAGAAAAUAGCUAGGUAUUGGAUGUUCAGCAGAGACUCACGUAUGGGAUGUUUAGAAGAGGGUUAG